AGCAGUUGUUCGAUUUUCCAGGCAUUGGACUAUUACUAUUCAUUAUUUGGAUUUUGAACUUCUAUGUGGAAUAACAAGAUGUUUUCAUUGGCUCCUGCGUUAUAUGUGGUCGUGGUUUCCGUAGUUGUCUCAGGUUGGAAAAACAGCUACGAUCAGCCACUCAACUUCAAUUGUCAUUCAGACCUGUACUCAAUUAGCCGUUUCACGUCAAAACACGAUAACGGUCCAGAGGACAGGGUAUUCGACUUUGAAUGCAGGCGAGUGUACUCCGUUUCUGGUGCCGUGUAUUGUAGCUGGUCUGGCUACGCCAAUAACUAUGAUGCACUGGUUCUCUUCACCUGUCCAAACGAAGGCUAUCUAAAUGGCGUUCAUAGUGUUCAUCACAACGGGGCCGAGGACAGGAUAUUUAAAUUCAGAUGCUGCACCCCUCGAUCAGGACAUUGCCUUAAAAACUGCCACUGGACUGGUUUUGUGAACGGCAUGGAUGCUUAUUUUAGUUACUUCGUCCCAUAUAGUUACGUCAUCAGAGGCGUGAGUAGUAUUCACGACAACGGCCCUGAGGACAGAAUAUUUCAGUUUGAGAUUUGCCAAGUUUUUUAGAGCAUAUUGAACCCAGUUAUACCUUGAUUGGUUCAUAACAUAAACUUAUUGCUGUCCUAAUAAAGCCAAUGCUUUAAAAAUGA